AUGGCGGGCAACAAAUACUACCAUGGUUUCCGCGAGGAUGACGGCCCUAGCAUUUCUAGGAAUGGAACUCCACAUCGAGUAUCCCAUGCAAUCAGUGAGCUGUCACAAGAAGAGGGGAGAGAAUUCCAGGAAUUCAGGAGAAGCAUGGGUUCUGGUUUUACUGAUAGGAUUGUUGGAAGUUUCACAAAACAAAUGGUCAAGUUAGCUGUGGAACAGCUCAAACCCGAAUUCGAGAGGAUGGCCAUCGAAGCAGCCGGCAAAGCACUCGAGAACAAAAUGGUCACAAUUAAAGAAAUGCAAAACGAACUUAACAGAAAGGAACAGGAGUUGAAGAGAUUGCAGCUGGAGAAAAAGCUCCUGCAGGCAAAGUUUGAAAAAGAGAAAGUAAACCGUGACUUGGCGUCUAUUGUUGAUCAUAAGGAAAAAGAAAUUAAGAAACUAGAGGCGGAUAUAGGAGGAUUGCGUGGAAAGCUACGGAAAAAGGCUGAUGAACUCCGAAAAGAAAAGGACCGCGCAACAGAAGAGGAACAAAGACGUGUAGAGAUAGAAACCAAAUUCAACACAGAAAUAGAUAAGCUGAAAAGAGAAUUGGAUCGUGUAAAAGGUCAGCUUGGUCAGAUCCGGUCUGCAAAAAAUGUUGGGGACGAGGAAACUCGGAAGCUGCGAGAUCGUGAACGGGAAUUGUUGCAGGAAUUAGAGGAUGUGAAAAAACAACACUCGCUGAGGUUUCUGAGGAAAAAGCUUGGAAACUGAUUCCCUUUAUUUGUAAACGGACUGAUGUUUCGCAUGUACACCUUUAUAAAUGACUGUAUCUUUGCAUUUGAUUGCUUAACAAGAAAAGAAGAAUCUUCAGACACCUAGUACUGAUUUUCAUUUCGCAUUGCCUCCUAUGAUGGUGUCAAAAUGCUUUUUAGUGAUUUAUAUAAUUCCUAAAAUUUUGGAAUAAAAGUGAACAUAUACAUUUAUUCAAUAUCUGUAUAUUAAUGAAACAAUGAAACAGCCAUGUAUUUUCAUUGUUUUAAUAAAACCUACGAGGCCUAAUCUGAGAUAACUUUUAGAUCAUAUUUUGAUCGCCGUUUCAUAACUGCUAGUGCAUAAACCAAUGUAAAAGGUUUAUAAUGGUUCUAAUACUUUUUAAAUCCAAAAUCAUUUUUGUUGAUCAGUUCAAGGAAUAAGAAAUGUACCAAAUACAUUCAAAUUCAGGAGAAAAUUGAAUUUUUUUGCUGUCUUGGAAAAUUGAUAAUUUUAACGGCAAUGUUAAU